AGAUUUUGAAUGUAAACACAGUUUGUUUUGAAUGUGUGAUGCAAUCAAUUGUGACCGCAAUGUCUUCAAUAUCAAUGCUUAAGACAUUCAACCGAUUGCUGACAUUGAAGCCAAUAUCGUGGACAACAUCCAGAAGUAUAUCAUAUCUGUUGACAAAACUAAACAAUAGGCAACUGAUUGAUGUCAAUGGAAAUGACUCUUAUGAUUACAUUCAAGGUUUGAUAACCAAUGAUAUGCGACACUUAAGAUCAUCAUUGGAGACAAGUGUCACUCAGGACUGUAUCUAUGCUUUUAUGUUAAACCGAACGGGAAGAGUGAUCGCCGAUGUCUUCGUCUAUAAGAAUGACCACAAAAAAGAUGAGAAAAAUUCACUUUUUAUUGAAACUGAUUCACAAUUAUUAGAGUCGACAGAAAAAUACUUGAGAUCGUAUCGCAUCCGACGUAAAGUCGAUAUUAAUAUUAAUAGUCAUUAUAACGUUUGGUCUUUAUUUCCAUCUGUAAAUCAAUUUGAUGAUCAAAUAAUCACUGAAUUAAAUGAAUGUGAGAUUAACUUUAAGUCAGAAAAUUGUGAAGAUUUUUUGGUUGUCAGAGAUCCACGACUAAAACAAUUAGGUUUUCGAUUAUUAGUUAAGUAUUAUGAAAAUGAAUCGGAAGAUAAAGUCAGAGAUCGAGUUAAGAAGUUUUUACAAUCAAAAAGUCUUGAUAUCAACGAAACAAAUGCCAAAAAUUAUGACAAAUAUAGGUAUCGUUUGGGUGUCGGUGAAGGGGUUCAAGAUUUUCCCAUUGAGUUAUGCUUUCCUCUUGAAUGUAACGGAGAUUUUUUACACGCAAUUAGCUUUCAGAAAGGCUGUUAUGUGGGACAAGAGUUAACGGCACGUAUAUAUCAUACGGGAGUUAUCCGAAAACGAUUGAUGCCUAUUGAGAUAAUUGAUGGUAAAGAAGUGAUUGAAAAUAUAUCCAUUCAAAAUAUAACCGCAAAUAUUGGUAAUGAAUCAAAAAAUGUGGGAAAAUUUCGCAGUCAUUGCUCUACUAAUGGUUUGGCUCUUCUUCGAGUCGAUGAUUGUCUUAAAACUGAUAAUUUAUUUCUAACUAAAAGUGAAUUAACCAUUAAGUGCUUUAAACCCUUUUGGUGGCCAAAAGAGAUGAACAAACAGUCCAUUUCUAAUGCAAAGAACUGA